UAUAUCAUGAGUUCAGGGGUCAAAUUCCACAACGGCGAAAGGAAAAAAAGCAAGCACAACCACGAUGGUUAGAGCAUGGUUUUCGAAACUCUACAGCCGAUUAUCCAACGGAAAGGGUCUCCUAGCAUCGCUGGCGGCUGCGGUAGGUUUUACCGUGAGCCCCGUGUUGAGCAGGCGGGCCGCAGACGCCGGUGUGCCGGGGUUCCAGCUGGUGUUGGUGAACGAGCUCUGUAAACUCGCCCUGUUCGUUCCCUUGGCGUUGAUCUUCAGAGUUCCACUGCGAGGAAACGACUGGAAGCAGACUGUUCUCAUGGUGGUUAACGGCGCACUGAGAGCUCUGGGAGGGACGCUUUUGGUGUUGUCAGUUAUUCUGAUUCCACCGGGGAACGCAUUGGCUAUCAGUCAGGGGGCCGCGGCACCCAUUUUUGGCAUGAUCGUGGCCUGGCUGAUCAUGAGAGAGGCCCCGGGAUGGCCAAACGUCAUCGGUAUCGUCUUCCAAAUCGCUGGAGUCGCCAUGAUUGUUUUCGGCGGGAGACCAGCCCUCGAUUCGUCGACAGAACAUUCAGAUUCAUCCUGUGCAAACUCCCUGAAUAACACGUUACCGGAAAACAUAAUAUCUUGCAACACAAGUCAAAUUGACAAUGAUACUACCACAACUGAGAGAGAAACAUCUAGAAAGCUUAUACACGACCCGUAUGCAGCAUAUGUAGUUGGGAACAUAUUUGCUGUUUUAUACCCACUAGUACUGGCAUUCGUAGAUGUUCUAAACAGGAAGCAUUUGAAAAGUAAUGCCAAACUCACAUGUAUUGUGUUUUCAGAGGGCUGGGGAUUUAUUCUCAUUAUUCCUGUCAUGUUCCUCACAUCAACGCCGAAAUGGACUCUCGAAUUAGAAGUUGUGUUCAGUCUUAUAGGACAAGGUGUGAUUUUGACAUUGGCGGUGGGGUGUUUUUACCUUGGCCUCAAUACAGAGAAAGCGGCGACAGUGUACAUAAUGUUGGGCCUUAGCACGGUCCUUGGGUACGUAGUACAGUACUUCGUCGUUCAUAUCACUCCGCAGACGUUAGAACUGUUUGGGGCGGCCACUAUCACGUUGACUAUUGUUGUUGUUUUUCUGUUCACGUGGAGAAAACGUGCGAGAAAGAGAGCCAACGAGUUCACGGCUACAAAGGAGGAAAAUGAGAAAGUUCAAAUUAACAACGAACCUGAUGAGAUUGAAUAUCGUUUGUAUGAAUCAUCUGUGUAAGACAAACCGUUUUGAUAUUUUCAUGCUUGACAAAACAAACAAAAAAUGCACACAAUUUGCUAUCAUAAUAAAAGAUUUG